UGCGGGGGGGGAGGAACGGAAGGACGCCUUGGGCCCGGGCCUCUGCUGAGGUGGCGGGAAGGAGCGGGCGGGCAGCGGGAAAGCCACCGGGGGAGCUUUGAGGCUCCUGGUUGGUGUUGAGGUGAGGUAGGUCUGCGGAAAACCCCGCUGCCUCUCCUUUAGAAAAUUAGGAGGACGUUUUCAGACGCAAAAGAGUGGUUUGGUUUCUUCCUCUUGGAAGUGAUCUGUCGCUUGCUUUACGUAGGGAACUGACAGCCUGUGCUUGGCUGGGAAGAGAAGUGGUGGUGAGCGCUCUGGGGAGCCUGGCUGCACUAUCGAAGUAAUGCUGUACCAGAUUUGAAGAUCUGAGAGAGCUUUUGGUUUGCAUAAAGUAUAAAAGGAAAUGGAAGAAGAUGAGACUUCACAGGGUGAACCAGAGAGGGCAGAAGUUAAAGCACGUGCUACCCCUGAAAUCAGUCGGAAAAUAUCAGUUAGUGAGUUCCAUUGCCAUUGCUGUUAUGACAUUCUGGUUAAUCCCACCACCCUGAAUUGUGGACAUAGUUUCUGUAGACAUUGCCUAGCCUUGUGGUGGGUAUCCUCCAAGAAGAAUGAAUGUCCAGAAUGCAGAGAAAAAUGGGAAGGAUUCCCCAAAGUCAACAUUCUUCUCAGGGAUGUUAUUGAAAGACUCUUCUCUGAUGCAAUUGAACAAAGAAAAGAAGAUAUUCAACAAAACAGUGAUGUAGCACGCAGCUUAACAACCUUCCAAAAAUAUGGGAAUGACCAGAUUUCUACAGCUCCAAACACGGGAAGAAUUAAUCCUCGAGGAGGAGGGUUUUUCUCAGGCGUUCUGACAGCUUUAACUGGUGUAGCAGUAGUACUACUUGGGUAUCACUGGAGUAGCAGAGAAUUUGAAGAUGAUCUUCUUGUCCACAAGCCAGUUGCUAAAUGGACUGUUGAAGAAGUGAUACUUUGGCUAGAGCAACUGGGCCCAUGGGCUUCACAUUAUAAAGAGAAAUUUCUGCUGGAGAAAGUAAAUGGAAGGCUCCUUCUCACAUUGACAGAGGAGGAUUUCACAAAAGAGCCUUACAGUAUAGUGAACAAUAAUCAUAGAAAAGCUAUUAUGGCAGAAUUGGAAUGUGUCAAAACUUUAGGUGUUAAACCACCACAGAACCUUUGGGAAUAUAAGGCAGUAAAUCCAGGAAAAUCACUCUUUAUUCUGUAUGCACUGAAGAGUUCUCCGAGACUCAGUAUGUUAUACUUGUAUCUGUUUGAUUAUGCAGAAGCUUUCCUACCUUUCAUCCACACAAUUUGUCCUAUGCAAGAAAACCAGUAUGAAGAUAUUGUCACAAAAUUAUUAGACCUCAAACAUCCUUCUUGGAAACAGUGGAGAGAAUUCAUUGUGAAGUAUUUAUUUGUGCCAUACCAGCUGAUAGCUGAGUUUGCUUGGGAUUGGCUGGAUGUGCACUAUUGGACAUCAAGAUUUAUAAUUGUAAAUGCAAUGCUGCACUCUGUUCUCGAGCUACUCACCUUUUGGAGGCUCUGGUCAAGAAGAGAAUUGAAGACUAUUCCUCACAGAAUGUGGAGACAUUUCUGGAAAGUCUCAACCCAGGGUCUUUUUGUUGCUAUUUUUUGGCCUUUUAUACCUCAGUUUGUCUGCAAUUGUUUGUUUUACUGGGCCUUGUACUUUAAUCCAAUUAUAAACAUUGAUCUUGUGGUUAAAGAAGUAAGGCGCUUGGAGACACAAGUGCAGUGAUUGGCAUUAGAAAUGUUGAGCUAUUUAGUUUCUAAAAGUGGUUAUUUGAAAGAAACUUUGCUUUUUCUCCUUUAUGUAUAUGGCAGUGAAAAUGUUGGAUUACAUUAAAGAUACAAAAAAGCCUUAAGGUAAGUUACUCUUAAACAGUUGAUUCCAACUCUGAGGAUGGGCUUUAUUAUCCAAAAUUAUUUUUAUAGUAAAAAAAAGUAUAUCUGUAUUCCUGAUUUUGCCAUUUAAAACUUAGUCAUGUCAUCAUAUUUUUGAUCAAAUCAAACGUCUCUAUUCUGUCUUAAAAUUGGUGUCUUCUGAACAGCUACAGUAGCGUUUAACUUAGUAUUUCAUACCAGGGAAAUGUGUUGCUCAGAACUUAAACUUGCCAAAGGAGAGCUCCUCCUAGACAGGCUUGAUAUUGAAAAUACUUCAGUGUUUUCAGCCUGCUUUACAUGUGAAGUUGUGACUGUCAAAUGCACAGUGAAGUUUGUUCUAGAAUUCCCCCUCUUGAAGGCAAAGACUGCGUUUUCUUGCACUUUGGAAGAUAUUGGUGAUUUGCAAUUCAAUUUGCUUUGUUUUGUUCAGAUCAGUUAGAUUUCAUCGAUAGUUUCUUUAAUGCUCUCCUCUUAAAAUCUGUUGCUAAUCCUUAAAUUCAGGGUUAUCUCUUAAAGGGAUUAUUUUGGAUAAGUGACCUGACACUGUAAUUAUGUCUUACUGCAAUAUAAGGUGUGUAUCUAGAUCUGUGAGUGAAUGUUGACUGGAAAGUUAUUUUGUAUAAACUGGAUUGCCAUUUUUUAAUGUAUUGUUUUUUUGACUGAAGGAGAAGCUCUUAAAUAUUCAAGAGCUGUGUUGCCUUGCAUUAUGUUGUUGAUUUUUUCAUUUGUAUCAUUAAUGUUAAACUUUAAAUCCGCCUAUGAAUAUUUUUAAAGAUUAAAGAUACCUUUUUUAAUCCUAAUCCUUUCUAAA